AUGACCCACCAAUCGAUCUCAUUUCUAGUUUUUCUUUCAUUACUUAAGAUCAUCACUUCUUCACAACCGGUUUCUUGGUUUGAUUGCCCGCAUCGGUGUCAGUGCUAUGAGGAUCCCGAAGAUCACACGCAUUCAGUGCAUUUGAUUUGUAAAUGGGAACAGUUAAAUCAAACAAAUUUGCGAACGCUAGCUCGUCCGGAAUAUGUGAGAACACUGACGAUUCGAUGUCCCCAUUUAUCGAAGACAAAAAGUCGCCCGGCAGCUGGGCUUUUUGCGGGUCUCCGGAAUCUUGACAGACUGGAGAUCGAUCGAUGUCUUCUCGACGAACUCCCAGCUGACCUUUUUGCGGGUCUCACUCAACUCUAUUCAUUGAUCAUUCGAAAUGCUCGAUUGGACGAUCUCCCUGCUUCCAUUUUUGAUCAUCUCCCUAAUUUGAUGACCCUUGAUUUGACAGGGAAUGCGCUAAAGAUUGAGCCGUAUGCGUUGAGAGCGUUGAGAAACGUGAUUCAUGUCGAUCUCUCGAAUAACUCGAUCGCUUUCCUCGCAAACACACUCAUCUCAAUGCCCAAACUACGGGUUUUAACAAUCGAUCAUAAUCGACUCACAAAUAUUGAUUUCAGACGGCUACCAGAUGAGUUGACGGAUCUCUCAUUGCGACACAAUUUCAUUUCGACACUUCACUAUACACCACCAAGUGCACAAAAUUUGAAGCGACUUGAUCUUUCGCACAAUCACUUGGAUUUUGCAUCGGGUACCGGAACGGUAAAUGUACUACCGAAAGGCUUAAAAACGGUGGAUCUCUCGCACAAUCGGAUAGCUUUCAUUCAAGAUGGAACAUUGGAACGAUUAGAAGAUCUCAUUUUAUUUGAUCUCAAAAACAACUCAUUGGGUGAACUCCGGGAAUCCUCCCUAACCGGCCCCAAAAACCGCCUCCGUCUUCUCAUCUCUCAAAAUCCUUUUGUGUGCAAUUGUGGCCUAAAAUGGAUGGUUCAUCCAACUACUAAGUCCACCCCAACCGUUCUUGAUCUGGAUUCGGUGCAAUGUUCCCAUCUCCUGCAUCCUGAAUCUCUCUAUAAUCUCACGGCGGCUGAUCGCAAAAAUGAGCUUCUCUGUAAAUAUGAAAACCAAUGUCCCGGCUCUUGUUCUUGCUGUCGUUUGCCUCUUUGUGAGUGUCGAAUCGAGUGUCCGAAGGGGUGUCAAUGUUAUCGAAGCUCUCGAGAUGAUAAUGAAAAUCUUCUACAAAAUAUUAUUCGAUGCGAGGGACUUCGAUUGGACAAAAUUGAUGAGAUCCCAAACUCGGUGACCGAGCUGCAAUUAUCGGGAGACUGGCGAGACUGGUCGCCGGAGAAAUUGGGGCGUUUGGAGAGGAUGAAGCUUUUGAAUCUCUCAUCCACGCAUCUCAAAGCAAUUGAAUCGUCUCAACUCGAGACAUUCCCUCGCUUGUCAGCAAUCGACUUGAGUUCGAAUGAUUUCUCGCAAAUGCCUCAUCUCCUCCCAGGGAUCACGCAACUUUAUAUGUCAAAUAAUCCAUUGAAAGAAUUGACCCCAAAAGAUCUUCUAAUGUUUGAUGGAUUACGCAAAGUGGCGCUAGGAGGAGAUCGGACUGGUUGGGAAUGCGACUGUGACGCCCCGUCUCCGCUUCAGCGAUGGCUUCGAGAUCAAGGGAAUCGAGAAAAGGUGAAAGAUUUGGCGUCAAUCUAUUGUGCUUUGCCUCUUCAUGGCCGAGUUCCAAUCGAGAAGACUUUACCCGAUACGAAUGAGACACUUUGUGCAAAAGAAGAGCCUGAAACGUCAAGUUGGGUGAAAAUGAUGAAGAAUCUUGAGGAUCGGACAUCGACAAUUGUGAUUGGAGUGUUUGAGUUCUCAACCACCGCGCAACCAGCUAUCACAAAUGUCGACUCGAGCAGUCGCACUCCGUUUCUCUGGCUUGAUGGAAAAGGAGUGCCAACUCAUCGCUACUCCCCACAACGCACCACUUGGAAACCACCAAAAAGAAAAGCACGAGAAGAUCCCGAUGACUCUCAUCGCUUUCUCAAUGCCCUCAUUUUUGUGCUCUUCUUAGCGGUGAUCUUGCUGAUCAUUGCUGUGGGAAUCACUUUGUAUUUCAGAUUCACUCGAACUGAUGUCUAUAUUGGGAGUCAACACAAAGUGUCCAGUGAACAGCGGCCACUCAAUGCA